GUUAUCAUACACCAGCGUGUGCCUCACCCUGUGCCCUCUCCUCACUCCCGGCUGCAAUCUGGGAUCCAGCGCGUCUCUCCAUUCUCAAGCGGGCGCGCACGCACACACACACACACAUAAACACACACACACACACGCCAGCAGACCAUGCACAGACCACACGUUUUGCUUUGCCUCCUGAUCUCUCUAGGAUUGACAGGCAGCGACGAGCCAGCCUUGGAGAAGGAUUUGGGGGCAGAAGAGAGCGCCUCAGACCAUGCGGAACCUGGGAGCCAAGAAUGCUCCGCUUGUUUAUGGAGGGAGCACAGCAAAGCACUGAGGUUGGAAUCCAUUAAGUCCCAGAUCCUGAGCAAGCUGCGUCUCAAGCAAGCUCCUAACAUCAGCCGAGACAUUGUCAAUCAGCUCCUGCCUAAAGCUCCCCCGUUGCAACAACUGCUCGACCGCUAUGACAUCCAGGGAGAUGACUGCUCAGCCAAAGAGCCUGCUCUGGAAGAUGACGAGUAUCACGCCACGACUGAAACUGUCAUUACCAUGGCCGCCGAACCUGACCCCUGUGUCCAAGUGGAUGGGAGUCCAAAAUGUUGCUUUUUUAAAUUUAGCCCCAAAGUCACAUUUACAAACGUGGUGCGAGCUCACCUGUGGGUAUACCUGCGACCAGUACUGCACACCUCCACAGUGUACCUGCAAAUCCUCAGGCUGAAACCUGUGACGGAAAAAGGCAGCAGGCACUCGAGGAUCCGAUCCUUAAAAAUAGACAUGGACAGCCGCAAUGGGCGCUGGCAAAGCAUCGACUUUAAGCACGUUCUGCAGAACUGGUUCAAGCAACCGCAUACCAACUGGGGCAUUGAGAUCAACGUCUUUGAUAUGGAUGGGAAUGACUUGGCUAUCACAUCUCCGGGAAGUGGAGAGAAGGGAUUGCAACCAUUUCUGGAAGUUAAAGUGGCAGAAACAAACAAACGUACUCGCCGAAACCUGGGGCUGGAUUGUGAUGAGCACUCCACAGAGUCACGUUGCUGUCGCUUUCCGCUAACCGUUGAUUUUGAGGCCUUCGGCUGGGACUGGAUUAUUGCCCCCAAACGAUACAAAGCCAACUACUGCUCUGGUCAAUGCGAGUACAUGUUCAUGCAGAAAUACCCACAUACCCACCUGGUACAUCAUGCCAAUGCCAGAGGCUCAGCUGGCCCGUGCUGCACGCCAACCAAAAUGUCGCCUAUCAACAUGCUUUACUUCAACGACAAGCAAGAGAUCAUCAACGGGCAAAUCCCAGGCAUGGUGGUCGAUCGAUGUGGCUGCUCCUAAAAUGAAGAUCAGCCAAAUGUCUUUCCCCCUGUCAUUUGAAGCAUCAUUAUUCUAGAAUGUGAUGUCCAAACUAUGCCAUGCACUGUGCAAUAAGCAGAGAGGGAGAGAGAGAAAACAAAUUGGGCCUCAUUCAUCAGAAACAUAUUUUACAAACAAAAAGCAGCCAGUUAAUAAGAACUAGGACUAAUUGAUCCCAAGUCUCUGGGUUCUUCCCCUCCCCCCAACCCCACAACUGAAACAGUCACUGCUGAUCACAAUAGAAGAGCAAAUAGUCUGGGAGGAGUUACUGAGGCCACCAGCACCUGCAAAAUAAAUUAACAUUCUCAAUAAGCAAAGACAGCAGACCCUUGGUAACUGGUAUCAACUUGUCAGAUUUGAUUCCACAGGCUUGGCAAUUGCCCUGUUUAACGUUGCUGUUUAAACAAA